AUGGCUGCUCCCAGUACUACAUCAGCAACAAGGUUCAUAGGCAAUGUCAUCCUCCCAGCAAUUUCUCCCGACGACAUUGAUGAAACCCCGUCAUCGUCUAAACCACAAACCUUCGACAUAACAAUCGAGAACCACUGCAUUUCCUCGAUCCAGCCCACCUCCGCAUCCGGCACCCCCACCAGUCCAACGGCUCCCACCUCCCUCCUCCUCCCAACCCUCACCCACCCGCACAUCCACCUCGACAAACCCUACCUCCUGACCUCCCACAAUAUCCACGACAACCACGGCUCGCCCCUACCAAACUACGCAGAUCUCUGUCCCCAAAGCGGCACUUUCAGCGAAGCCCUUUCCUCCACCGCCUCCGCUAAAUCCCGUUUCACUCCUCCGGACCUUCUGCUGCGUGGUCGUCAAUUGCUGGCUACGAGCUACACCCAGGGAGUGACUAGCGCGAGGUGUUUUGUGGAGGUAGAUGGCACGGUGGGAAGGAAGACGGUUGAUGUUGGUUUGAAGCUGCAGGGAGAGUGGAGGGGGUUGGUGGGUGUGCAGUUGUGUGUGUUUGCGCAGGAUCCGGUUUUUAGUGGGGAGAUUGGUGGGGUGAAUAGGCGGUGGGUUGAGGAGGUGCUCAGGGAGGAGUGUGGGAAGGGCGGAGGGGAAGCGGAGCGUCGGAGGGAUGAGUUUGGGGGGAUCAGAGUGUUGGGCUCGACGCCGUAUGUGGAGGACUCGAAGGAGAAUGCGAUCAGGAAUAUUGAGUGGGCUGUGAAGACUGCGUUGAAGUAUGAUCUACAUUUGGAUUUCCACUUGGACUAUAAUCUGGAUGCGAGCAAGGAUGCAGAGGAAUUGCUUGUUUGGGAGGUGCUCAGGAGACUCAAGCAGGAAGGCUGGCCGACUACCACGACGCUGGGGAAGAGGCGGACGGUAGUCUUGGGUCAUUGCUCUGCGUUGACGCUUCUGUCACACGAACACCUGACAAGGCUGGCGAAAGAGAUCAAGGAGGCUAGUCUGCCGGUCUACUUCGUGGGCUUGCCGACCAGCGAUCUAUACAUGAUGGGACGGCCACCGGAUUUGCCGCCUGCGAUGACUUCGUUAGAGUCGUCUACUACCGAGCAGGACAAGAUCCAGCCGAUGUCACGUCUGAGAGGCACACUGAACAUUCCUCUGCUGCGACGGCUGUACGGGAUCAAAGGUGUGAUAGGGGUCAAUAAUGUGGGCAACGCCUUUACACCGUACGGCACCGGCGACCCACUGGAACUAGCAAGCUGGUGCGUGGGAAUGAUGCAGGAUGGCACGGAGAUGGGCGUGAGGGUGCUUUUCGAGGGCAUAAGUGUUGGUGCACGGAGAGCGCUAGGGAUAGAAGCGGAACAAGAGAAAAAUGUGGAAACUGAGGAUUUGAGCACGAAAGACGACGUUGAUGGCAGCUCUUCACAGGAGGUGAAAGCGGCAGGGUGGCUCAGGCUCGGAGACGUCAUACAGCGCCUGGGCAUGCUCUUAAUCCGCAACGAGAACACGAUAGGACUAUCCUCGGACAUCGGGGAACUUUCACGAAUGAAAGUUCCUGCGAGACAGCGUUGGAGUGUGAGGGACGUGGUAUGGGAUGUUCCUCGGGUCGAGCUGAGGAGCGUGCUUCGUUGA